CGGACACACCAGAGAAAUAAAAAACAUAUAUAGAUAAAACACAGCAUUCACCAGUGUUUUGUACUCUGCAAUGGCGAUGUGGACAGUUUCUUUGUUUCUUGGGUUCUUUCUUGCUACGGAGAGCCUGGUGCUUGGACACCAAGAACCAUCCAUCUUUUCGGCUAAGCUUUGUCCAAGUGAAUGGUCAGCCCAUGGAUCUAGAUGUUUCAAGGUCUUCAAAUCACCCCUCCAAUGGAUUGAUGCAGAGAUUGAAUGUUUGAAGCAUGGUGCAAAUCUUGCAUCAGUACACAACAACGAAGAAAACGCCUUUUUAAAGAAUCUCAUCAAGCAAGCCACUGGCUCUGCCAUUAAGCCCUGGCUAGGCGGUCACGACUCUGUAGCGGAAGGAAAAUGGCUCUGGACCGAUGGAUCCAAAAUGAUUUUUCAGGACUGGGCCAAAGAUCAACCUGAUAACGACAAAACUGAACACUGUCUUGAGAUGACCUUUGAAGAUUCUUUCAAAUGGAACGAUGCCUCAUGCACUUUUCUGCAGCCAUUUGUUUGUGCAUUGAAGUGAAGAUUUGGC